GUAAGAAGGAAAUGGUGGAUACAUUUCAGAACAAGGAAAUUUGAAAUAAUAUUUUUACAAUCUACUCCUGAAUGUUAGUAUUUUAACCAUCAGACAAGCUACUACAAAAUAUCUGACUCAAAACAGAUAAGAGACUAAGAUGGCUGAAGUUGCAGUUAUCUCAGUGGAGGGAAUGAUGUGCCACAAUUGUGUUGAUAAGAUAGAGGCACAUCUUAUGGCCAUUGAGGGUGUAAAGGCUGCCAAGGUAUCACUACAAAACCAUGAUGCAGUUGUACAGUAUGAUUCCACAAAGACUAACACAGCCUCUCUCGUUGCAGGCAUUAAUACACUUACUAGCCUGGAUGGCCAAGCAUUUCUGGCCUCAGAGAUAAGUCAACAUUACUCGGAUACCAUAAUUGGUAUAGAUGGCAUGACAUGUAUGUCCUGUGUGCGUAACAUUGAAGGAAAUAUCAGCACAAAGCCUGGAAUAAAGCUGAUUAAGGUAUCAUUGGAUGAAAAGCUUGCUAGGGUCAAAUAUGACUCGCAGCUGAUGGAGCCAGAGACAAUACGUGAGAUGAUAGAUGACAUGGGAUUUGAGGCUGUGAUUGGUCCACUGAUUAAGCCUGUAGUGCCACCUAUUAUUGAUGUCCCGAAUGUACCACAGACAACAAGGGUCUUAGUUGAAGGUAUGACUUGCCAAUCCUGCGUGAAAAAUAUUGAGAUGAACAUAUCUGAACGUCCUGGAAUUAACGCAAUUAAGGUCUACUUGGAAGCCAAAGAAGCCAUUGUGACCUUUGACCCGACGUUAACCGACCCAGAAAAGAUCCGAGAGCAGAUUGAUGACAUGGGUUUUGAGGCUAAAUUACCAACUGUGUCGCAUAAAGCUGUUUUGGACGAGUUUGAUGUGCUAGCACAAAGGAAUGUAGGUGGCGUCACUGAGGAGACAUGUACUGUUAGCAUAGAGGGAAUGACGUGCCAGUCAUGCGUAAAAACUAUUGAAAUGAAUAUCGGAGAGAAACCAGGUAUACUUAGUAUUAAGGUGUCUCUGGAAGAAGAAAGGGGUGUGGUCCGCUACAAGACAUCUGAUUGGUCAGCAAACAAGGUCGCAGAGGCGAUAGAUGAUAUGGGAUUUGAUGCUCGUGUUAUCGAUGGGAGAGAAUCAAAUAUACCAUCAACGAAGACUGUGACCAUUUCCAUAAAAGGGAUGACGUGUCAUUCCUGCGUGAAGACAAUUGAAUCCAACAUGGCCGACAAGCCUGGUGUUACCUCGAUAAGGGUGAAUCUUGCGAGUGAAAUAGGUGUCAUAGUGUAUAAUGACAAGAAAACAACUCUUAGCGAACUGAGGGAGAUGGUUGAUGACAUGGGAUUUGAUGCCAAAUUACCUCCAGGAGAAGAGAAUAUGAAUUCAGCUGCCAUCAUUCCAUCCAUUGAAAUAAGUGGCUUGAAUGGGUCAUCACAUCCAGAUAGUCUCAAAGCAAGUGGUUCAUCCAAGCUAGAUAGUCUCAAACCCUCUGGGAGCAAAGUAUCACUGCAAAAACUGGACAAAUCUAGUCCAAAUGGUUCAGUGAGAGUAAAGUUCACAAAGAAAGCAGGGAUUGAUUCAGAGGAAGAUGACGAACUUGAGAAAUGCCAUUUGAAGGUCACUGGAAUGACAUGUGCAUCUUGUGUGCAGACCAUUGAGAAAAGUCUCGUGAAAAUUGAAGGUGUACACAAUGUCCUAGUUGCACUGAUGGCCCAGAAAGCUGAAGUUCGCUAUGACCCUGCUUAUAUUCUACCAUCACGUAUUGCUAACAAAGUAAUUGAACUUGGGUUCAAUGCAACAGUUCUGGACACUGAAACAGUUGGACAAGGCACAGUGGAGCUACAUAUUGAGGGGAUGACAUGUGCCUCAUGUGUCUACCUUAUCGAACAAGGUGUGAUGAAGAAGCCAGGUAUAGUGUCUGCAGUGGUUGCCUUGGCAACAAGCAAGGGAAGAUUUGAGUUUGAGACUGACCAGACUGGGCCCAGGGAUAUAAUAGAUGCAAUAAAGAGUCUUGGUUAUGAAGCAUCUCUGAUCACGGAUGACCAGAAAGGAGUUGACCAAAUGGAACACAAGACUAUGAUAGCAAGAUGGCGCAGGUCAUUCUUCAUCUCGCUAAUAUUUGGAUUGCCAUGCAUCAUUAUUAUGAUGUACUUCAUGUUCUCCAUGCUGGCUAAUAAGUCACCACAUGUUGCUCCUAGCAAUACAACAGAUUCAAAUAUAAGUACACCUGCACCCACCAGCAAACCCCGCUAUAACAGUGGACACUACAUGGUCUGCCCAGGACUUUCACUAGAGACUUUACUACUUUGGAUCCUUUCUACCCCUGUACAGUUUGUUGGAGGCAGAUAUUUCUACAUCCAGGCAUGGAAAGCACUGAAGCAUCGCAACACAAAUAUGGAUGUCCUUAUCGUCUUGGCAACCAAUAUUGCAUACUUCUACUCUGUUACUGUUGUGAUUGUUGCCAUGGUGAUGAAGGAAGCGGGCAGCCCGAAGACAUUUUUUGAUACACCACCGAUGUUACUAGUGUUUAUAACACUUGGACGUUGGUUGGAGCAUGUUGCUAAGGGUAAAACUUCUGAGGCUCUAUCCAAGCUGCUGUCCCUGCAGGCAGUUGAGGCUAACCUUGUUGAACUAGAUAAAGAUGGCAAUAUAGUGAAUGAGACUCAGAUCAGUAUAGACCUAGUCCAAAGAGGGGACAUCCUCAAAGUUGUCCCUGGGGAGAAGAUACCUGUGGAUGCCAAGGUGAUCCAUGGUGCAUCCACGUGUGACGAGUCACUCAUAACUGGUGAGGCUAUGCCAGUGCAGAAAGAGGUCGGCAAUGAUGUCAUAGGGGGCUCCAUCAAUCAGAAUGGAGCCUUACUUCUUGAGGCAACACAUGUUGGCGCAGAUGGAGCACUUGCACAGAUUGUGAAACUCGUUGAAGAGGCUCAGACAUCAAAGGCCCCUAUACAAGCGUUAGCUGAUAAAAUUGCGGGGUAUUUUGUACCAAUGGUCUGCAUUGUCUCAUCACUUACACUUAUCGUCUGGAUUGUGAUUGGCUAUACCAAUAUCUACAACAUCGAUCCAGAAUUUGACCCUGAAAUUGGUCCAUCUAAAGAUGAGGUGAUAUUUGAGCAUGCAUUCAAGUUUGCAAUAACUGUACUCUGCAUCGCCUGUCCCUGUGCCCUGGGGCUAGCUACCCCCACUGCCGUCAUGGUAGGCACAGGGGUAGGGGCCACUAAUGGGAUAUUGAUCAAGGGAGGAGAGCCCCUGGAAACAGCACAUAAGGUUAACAGCAUUAUAUUUGACAAGACUGGCACAGUGACGCAUGGUGUACCAAAGGUUGCACGAAUUGCAGUGUUUGUUGAGGAGAGCGUCUGUACGUUGCAGCGUCUACUUGCCAUUGCUGGCACUGCUGAGGGAAGCAGUGAGCAUCCUAUAGCAGUAGCUAUCGUAUCCUAUGUAAAAAAGCAUCUUAACACAGAUGCCCUGGGGAAGGUGACGGACUUCCAGGCUGUGCCUGGAUGUGGGCUCAAAUGUAAAGUCAGCCAUCUUGACCUUAUGCUGAAUUCCAACCAAUCAGAUUCAAAUCGUCGGAACAGUGCAACGAGUUUCCAGGUCCAGAUAGAUGGAGUUACUACUGACGUUGUGAAUGAAUCAUCCGUUCAGGAAAUUACAGAUCUGCAGUCCUCCUCAGGGGUCAGCAAUGAUGUGGCCCAUGACGUGUUAAUCGGGAACCGUGAGUGGAUGGGUCGCAAUGGGCUUUUCAUUACUCCAGAGGUUGAUGAGAAGAUGGCUGAGCAAGAGUCACUUGGACAGACAGCUGUCUUGUGUGCUAUAGAUGGUGUGUUGAUAGCCAUGCUGGCUGUGGCAGACACUGUGAAGCCUGAGGCUCAUCUAGCAAUACACACUCUGAAUCAGAUGGGACUAAAUGUUGUUCUGCUCACUGGAGAUAACAGGAAAACUGCUGCAGCAAUUGCCAAACAGGUGGGAAUCAGGAAUGUUUUUGCUGAAGUUCUACCCUCACACAAAGUUGCCAAAGUGAGACAAUUACAGGACCAAGGGCACGUGGUAGCUAUGGUAGGGGACGGGGUAAAUGACUCCCCUGCUCUGGCCCAGGCAGAUAUAGGUGUUGCUAUAGGAACUGGAACUGAUGUAGCUGUUGAAGCAGCAGAUAUCGUCCUCAUUAGGAAUGAUUUACUUGACGUUGUGGCUGCCAUGUGCCUCUCUAAGGUCACAGUACGAAGGAUUCGCAUCAAUUUCUUUGCUGCUACAAUAUACAACCUCGUUGGAAUACCUAUAGCUGCAGGUGUUUUGCUGCCUAUAGGACUAGCCUUGCAACCAUGGAUGGCGUCUGCUGCCAUGGCACUCUCCAGUGUCUCUGUUGUCUGUUCCUCUCUUCUCUUAAAACUAUGGAAGAAGCCUUGCAAGGAAAACCUGAUGAAAGGUUCCUACUUUGAGGCAUAUCGAGCUGACCAGGCGGGUGAAAACAGCCACUUAAUUCAAGUCCACCGAGGCAUCGAAGAGGAAAUCCUCGACUUAAAGGGAUCACAAAAAGGCAGUAUGAAGGGGAGCCUAAAAGGCAGUAUUCUGGCCAAGUUAAGCAAUAGUCUCAAAGGGGAAUUUAAGCCAAAAUCAACGGAUCAGAAAUCAUUACUGGAGUUGGAUGAUAUGGCUGAAGAUCAGUCGAAAUUCUUGGAAACAGAAGAUGAUGCCUAUGAGAUGGAACAAUAUAAGAGACAUUCAAAGACUCAGUUUUAUUAA